AUCCUUCCCCCUGUCAUGAAAGGCCUGUCCAGUAGUCGGAGUCACCAUCACGUGGUCUCCUAUGAACCGUCAUACGAUCUACUGGGUCACCACGUAGACCGCAAGCCAUACUUGAUCAGUCAGAACGACAUGCCUGUGCCCAUUCCCAUGCCGCAUUCAGCUGAGCUGGCCUACUACAAUGCUCAGCGCUCCCCGUACCCCUCUGACAGCAACAGCAUCGUCCCAUAUGGAACCUUCCCAAGGAGGUGCCACUCCACCUCCUCAUCUCACCAUCCUGAGGUAAAGGAUGAGGGUUUGGCCAUGGUACCAUAUGUAGGAGGAGGAGGGGGAGGAGGUGGUGGAGGGGGCUAUGGAGGUAAAGCGCCCACCCGGGUACCGGCAAACUUUGCGGACCCGUUUGAGCGUCAGCAGUCAUUCUCCAGAGAUGGCUACCACACACUGCAGUACAAACGAGGAGUGCUGGCCCACAGUGGGGGGAUGGGGGCCAACAACAUCAACAAUGACAGCCCGGGGAGAAUCCGUCACCUGGUCCACUCGGUCCAGAAACUCUUCACCAAGUCACACUCAUUGGAGGGGCCACACCACACACAAUCCAACAAGGGGGCCAAUAAUGGGAGCGUUAAUGGUGGUGUUGGUGGUGGAGGAGGUGGUGGUGGUGGUUCAAGGGCCAGCCUAGAGGGUGAAACUCCACCAGGGGGAGUGCGCCACCGGAAGCGCAGCAAGAGCCGCGAGCGUUGUCGAUCAGCAGAGCCCAAGCAUCGAAGCCACCACCACCACCACCACCAGCUCCACGGCUCGGCAUCUGCUCCAGGCUCCGGGUACUGGAGCUCAGAUGACAACCUAGAACGGGAGCUGUGUCUCUACCACCCUCACCAUCACCAACCUCCACCCUCACCCUCACCCUCCAUGUCCCCGUCACCCAUCGCCAUGACAAUGGGCCGUUAUCCCGGCAGAAACCAUGACAAGUACCCCCAGAGUCCCCUCCCCAAUCUCUCCUCCUCGCAGUCCCAGCAGUACUUCAUGAUGGACCCUUAUGGCACACUCAACGAGCACACACACACCCACGCACACCACGGCCACACACACCACCAUUCUGCACUCAAAGUCUCCCGGAGCAACAACGAUGUCAAGUACACAGCGUCGUCGUCGGCGUGCGUGCCAGUUAGUGGCAGCAGCAAUAACAGCGGUGGCGGUAUCGUUGGAGGAAGUGGCUCCUUGCUGCCACUGGGUCUUGUGGACGGGCCCCUUGUGAAGAAAGGGGCGUGGUCGUCAAGCCUAACGGUGAGCAGGGCCCGAGAGGUCUACACCAACAACAGCAGCCACAACCAGCUACGAGCCAGCGCAGGACCCGGUAACCUAAACCUAGAUAGAGCUCUAGUCAAAUCUAAGGGCAGUCAGCAGCAGGAGCGCACUUGCCAUUUCUUACAGGUCCCUCAGGACGAGUGGAGCGGCUUCUCUCCGCUGGGGAAGGAGGACGACAUCCCGUGUCGGAGGAUGAGGAGCGGCAGCUACGUCAAAGCCAUGGCAGAGGACGACAGCGGAGACUCUGAGGAGAGUCUCACCAAGCCCCUCCCCAAGGUGCAGGCCCGCCGGGCCAGCUACCUGAAGGCCACACAGCCCUCCCUCACCGAGAUGACCACUCUCAAGAUUUCGACGGAGCACUCCCCCAAACUGCAGAUCAGGAGCCACAGUUACCUUCGUGCGGUGAGUGAGGUUUCAAUCAAUAGAAGCCUGGAUACCCUGGACCCCAAAACCCUCCUCGACCCCAAAUCGCUGCUGUCCUCACCCCAAUACCGCUCACGCAAUGAAAGCUACAUGAGGGCCAUGAGCACCAUCAGUCAGCUGAGUGAGGUGGAGGUGAAUGGGCAGAUCGAGCAGGUGUGUGAGCAGGUCUACAGUGAGAUGCAGGCCCAGGCAUUGGAGGCUGCCAUGAACCGCAUGGACACCAUGGACACCAUGGACACCCUGCCUAUGCCGGGAUACUUCCGGAUGCGGAGCCACAGUUAUGUCCGGGCGAUCGAUCAGGGCUGUUCAGGGGACGAGGAAGGAGAGGGGGGGAGGCCGCUGCUCCUGCUGCCCUCCUCCCCGCCACGCACAUCCGCCACCACCGUCAGGACCAUCCAGAGCAGCACAGUUUCAUCUUGCAUCACCACCUAUAAGAAGACCCCUCCACCAGUGCCCCCCCGAACGUCCACCUGCUCCACAGCCUCCAAGCCGUACAUCUCCAUCACGGCCCAGAGCAGCACAGAGUCUGCCCAGGAUGCAUACAUGGAAGAGGAGGGACCCAGAGGUGACAUGACCAUCCAAUCAGGGCUCAGCAACUCCACAGAGAGCAUCGACAGCAUGAAGGCCCUGACUGCUGCCAUAGAUGCUGCCAAUGCACAGGUCCAUGGACCAGCCAGCCAGCAUGUCAGUAACAGCACCAUGACAGUGAACACCCCCACCCCCACCAUCCUGACCAGGGGGCCAGUAGAAGACCACCGGGAUAUGUACAGGAAAGAAGCACUCAGGAAGGGCAGAUGUCUCUCUAUAGGCAUCCAGGUGGAUGGACCGGAGGAUGACCCCGAUCCAGAGGACCCCUCCAAGUUCACCUCUGUGGGGGUGCAGGUGGAGGAUGACAGAGGGUAUCGUCGGUUCCAGCGCUCUAACAGUGUGACAGCAGCGGUGCAGGCAGACCUGGACCUGCCGGACCUGCUGGACACCCCCCUGGAUUCCCCGGACACCGACAUGGAGGUCCUGUCCUCGGGCGCCCUGUCCUCGGGGGCCCUCUCUCGACAGUACUCCCGCGAUGCUGCCACCUCCACGGUCAGCAUCCAGGGCUCAGGGAACCACUACCACGCCUGCACCUCCGACGACUACGACGAUGUGGGCUUCGACCCCUCCAUCCUCCCCCCCCCGGACCCCUGGAUAGACAGUGUGGCCGAUGACUCACUGGAUGUCAACUUCAACAGCUCUGCUAUUCUGGAGGUGGUGCAGCGCUCCGUGUGUCACAGAGACGGACACUGGUUCCUGAAGCUGCUGCAGGCGGAGACCGACCGCAUGGACGGGUGGUGUCGGCAGAUGGAGCUGGACCAGAGGGACAACGACCUGCCGGAGGACAUCCUGGGGAAAAUGAGGAGUGCGAUGGGAAGUGCUCAGCUGCUGAUGUCUCAGAAGUUCCAGCAGUUCAGGGAGCUGUGUGAGGAGAACCUGAACCCGAACGCACACCCCCGCCCGGUGGCCUCAGACCUGGCAGGGUUCUGGGACAUGCUGCAGCUGUCCAUCGAGAACAUCAGCCUCAAGUUUGACGAGCUGCACCAGCUCAGAGCCAACAGCUGGAGACCCCUGGACCCCCCCGACAGAAAGGAGAGGCGGCUCCCACCUCCAGUGCCAAAAAAGCCUCCCAAGGGCCCCCACCACCACCCCCCCCUGGCCAGAGACCGCUCCCUGGAGAGCUCAGAGAAACAGCGGCAGGAGGCCAGGAAGCGCCUGAUGGCCGCCAAGAGAGCGGCAUCCGUGAGGCAGAACUCGGCCACGGAGAGCGCCGACAGCAUCGAGAUCUACAUCCCCGAGGCUCAGACCAGGCUAUGAGGGCACAGCAGGGACUCACACACACUCAACGUACACAACACACACAUGUAGGGUUGUCCACGCUAAUGUGUAAGGGUGUAACCAAUUUCAAAAUGUCUUAAAGCAUCAUACAAAAAUCCCUACAGUGAGGGGAAUGGGCUCUUUACAGUUGUGUCCCUAUCUAUGGUAUUAAAACAGCUCUUCAUAAUCAUAAAAUGCAGUAUUUUCUUAACAUUCGUAUGAUCCUUUUGAACCACUUUCAAUGUGCAGUGCCAACCUGAGACUGACUAAUAAAAAGACAGUCUUACAUGCUCAUGCUAAUGAGACAGGGAGCUUUUACAAUCUUUCUCAAUAGCUUUCUCAUUAUAAAGAGUGUAAUCUGGACCUCUUCCAAUGCACGCACAAUCCCCUUCAAACAGGCAGUAAGGCAGCACGAGAUGGGCCUGUUUGGAGCUUUUUCAUUUCCCAAGAUAGACACAUAAAACCUACUUUAAUAUCAUCCUCCUUUUAUAAACACACCCUCAAGAAAAUCAUGCAAUACAAACAAUUCUUGAAUUCCGCCCAUACCCCUCACUGAACAGUCGUUUUUUGAAGAUGAAAUUCCAAAAGUAUUGCAAAUCAUAAUACCUUGGUUAUCCUCCUCUGUACAGACAUUGGCUUUGUGUUACACCCUUACCAACAGAUUUGCAGUUGACUUUCCAAGACCCACAGGACCCAGAUACUGAACCCCUCAGUGUGUCGGCCAUGACCUGUAAGAGUUGUCCAAACCUGUGAUACAGCAGAUGUUACCGUGUUCACCCAUCAUCUACACAGGGAGCAUACCUGACGCUUCAACGCUGCCUUUAAGGAUAUGUCUAUCAUCAAAGAGGCCAAAUGUCCUUUUGUAAAAGGCCUCAGCUACAGCUAUGUUACAG